AUGGAGAAGCCCUGCAUACUGGCCACUACCUUCGGAGCGCCUGGAGGCACCUACAAACGCUUUGCACCUGUUGUUGAGAAACACUUCACCAUUAUCCCAUACGAGACAUUCCCGCCAGACCAGAAGAAUUUGUCCGAACAGGUCAAAGUAGUAUUUGUAUGGGGUGGUGCCCUGAAGGUUGACAGAGGUCUGAUGCAAUUUCUGCCUAACCUCAAAGUGGUGGUUAACGGAGGGGUGGGAGUGGACCAUCUGGACAUACCCAUGAUCAACAGCUUUGGGGUGAAGGUGUGCAACACCCCUCAUGUUGUUGACAACGCCACUGCCGACAUCGGGAUGGGCCUGAUGCUGGCGUCUGCAAGGAAGAUCGUCGAAGGUCACCAUUACUCCCUAACCCAUAACAAUGAGGACUUGCCAGAGAGCUCCAUGGGUAUGAAUGUCAGCGGGGCCACCCUGGGCAUCAUCGGUAUGGGGAGGAUAGCAUACAAGGUGGCCAGGAGGGCACAGGGAUUUGAUAUGAAGAUUCUCUAUCAUAAUAGGAACCGCAGGAAAGAGGAAGAGAGAGCAGUAGGGGCGACGUACUGCCUCAACAUGGAGGAUCUGCUCCAGCAGUCAGACUUUGUGAUGGUGGUGGUGGUGAACGUGUCACCCGCCACCCAGAAACUGAUCGGUGCCAAGGAGCUAGCCAUGAUGAAACCCACCAGCACUCUCAUCAACAUCAGUAGAGGCCACGUUGUAGACCAAGAUGCGUUGGUGGAAGCCCUCCAGAAGAAAGUGAUCCGAGCUGCUGCACUGGAUGUGACUUAUCCUGAACCCCUACCAAUAGGCCACCCCCUUGCUGCUCUUCCAAACGACACACUCCGUUGAGACGACCCAGAUAAUGGUGGAGAAGAUGGUGACCAACGCCCUGGCAGCACUGGGAGAGAACCAGCCUCCUGAUGAGGUCAUGGUUUAGGUCAGAUAAGUUUCCCCUAGGUACAGAUCUAGGAUCAGCUUAUUUCCCCCAAUCCUAAC